AUGGUCCACGAAGACAUCUUCUACAAACCUCUCAAGGGCGAGACUUCUGGCCUCCCACAUGACCCAUUCAAGAGUUUCGCUAUCCCCCGACCCAUCGGGUGGAUUAGCACCACUAGUCAAGCCGGUAAAGACAAUCUGGCCCCCUUCAGCCAGUUUACCAACGUCUCGUUUGAUCCUCCUACAAUCCUUUUUGUUGGCCAUCAAGAUCUUUUCAAGAACCGUUCUAGAGAUACCGUUAUGAACUGUAUUGAAACGAAUGAAUUUGUCUGGAACAUGGCAACAUAUGAUCUCCGCGAGGAAGUAAACUUAACCGGAAAGGAGACUUACGAGGAUGAGUUCGAGGAGUUCGGAAUAAAAAAGACCCCUUCGAUACUCGUUCGUCCUCCUCGCGUCGCUGACUCGCCAGUUUCUUUCGAGUGUCGUGUUCAUAGUAUCGUGCGCGUUUCCAACGAGUUCCACGGCAAGAAGACUGCUGGCCCCCACAUGGUUGGCAAUUCGGACAUAGUGAUCGGACGCGUUCUUGGCAUCCACAUUAAGGGUGAAUACAUUACUGGCGACGGAGUGAGUUAUGACAACACAUGA